UACUCGGGAGGCUGAGGCAGGAGAUUGGCAUGAACCCGGGAGGCAGAGCUUGCAGUGAGCUGAGAUAGCACCACUGCACUCCAGCCUGGGAGAAAGAGCGAGACUCUGUCUCAAAAAAAAAAAAAAAAAAAACAGCCAGGCAUGGCAGCAAGCACCUGUAAUCCUAACUAUUUAGGAGGCUGAGGCAGGAGAAUUGCUUGAGCCCAGGAGGCAGAGGUUGCAGUGAGCCCAUACUGCACCAUUGCAUUCCAGCCUGGGCAACAGAGCAAGACUCUGUCUCAAAAACAGAAACAAAACAGACAGGUCCACGUGGUAGCACACACUUGUAGUCCCAGCUUCUUGGGAGGCUAAGGCAGGAGGAUUGCUUGAUUCCAAGGCAGUUCAGGGCUACAGUGAGCCAUGAUGGCACCACUACAAUCCAGCCUGGAUGACAAUCCUGCUCCCGCCUCUUCGGCCUAGAGCAGGAGAUUAGAGAACUACAAGCUGUCUCUUGAGGGAAAAAAAAAAAAAAAAAAAAUUGGUAGUGGUAUUUCUACUGAAUGCCCAUCACUGUUGCACCAUUGUAAAGUCAACCAGUCAAAAGUCUAACCGUUGAAAAUUGGGACAAACUUAGUUGUUGAAAAGGAGGUUUCGAUUUGGGCUUUGCUAUUUACUUGUUUUCUGAGAACAUAUUUCUAAAAAUGUACUCUUUAUGUCAGUUGGAAUUAAGCUGAACUGAGAUGACGUACUUUGAACACUUCGUAACUUGCUGCUGGUGGGUCAUACCUUGGCUUUAGGUACUGAGUAGGGAAAUGUGUUAAGUCCCUGUCUUGUUUAGAAAAGGGAGUUUCGGCCAGGCAUGGUGGCUCACACCUGUAAUCCCAGCACUUUGGGAGGCCGAGGCGGGCGAAUCACGAGGUCAGGAGAUCGAGACCAUCCUGGCUAACACUGUGAAACCCCGUCUCUACUAAAAAUACAAAAAAUUAGCCAGGCAUAAGGCUGGGCGCAGUGGCUCACGCCUGUAAUCUCAGCAUUUUGGCAGGCCGAGGCAGGCGGAUCACGAGGUCAGGAGAUCAAGACCAUCCUGGCUAACACGGUGAAACCCCAUCUCUACUAAAAAUACAAAAAAAAUUAGCCAGGCGCAGUGGUGGGCACCUGUAGUCUCAGCUACUUGGGAGGCUGAGGCAGGAGAAUGGCUUGAACCCGGAAGGCGGAGCUUGCAGUGAGCCCAGAUAGUGCCACUGCACUUUGGCCUGGGCAAAAGAGCGAGACUCCGUCUCAAAAAAAAAAAAAAAAAAAUUAGCCGGGUGUGGUGGCAGGCGCCUGUAGUCCCAGCUACUGGGGAGGCUGAGGCAGGAGAAGGGUGUCAACCUGGGAGGCAGAGCUUGCAGUGAGCCGAGACCGUGCCAUUUGCAGUGAGCCGAGAUCGUGCCAUUGCACUGUAGCCUGGGCAACACAGCGAGACUGUCUCAAAAAAAAGAAAAGAAAAGGGUGUUUCUUGGCCAGGCGCAGUGGCUUACGCCUGUAAUCCCAGCACUUUGGGAGGCCAAGGCGGGCGGAUCACGAGGUCAGGAGAUCGAGACCAUCCUGGCUAACAUGGUGAAUCCCCAUCUCUAAUAAAAAAAUACAAAAAAUGAGCCAAGCGUGGUGGCGGGCACCUGUAGUCUCAGCUACUUGGGAGGCUGAGGCAGGAGAAUGGCGUGAACCCAGGAGGCAGAGCUCAUUGCAGUGAGCUGAGAUCGCGCCACUGCACUUCGGCCUGGGCGACAGAGCGAGACUCCAUCUCAAAAAAAAAAAAAAAGUAAAGAGGGUUUCUUAAGAAAUAUGCGGUCACCUCAGAGCUCCUCCAUAUAUUUUGGGAGUGGGAGUGAAGAAUUUCACCAACAGUUCAGGGUCUUUCUGGCUUCUGGCCAAUCUUGGGAGAGAGAAGGGGUUUCUUCCUGGACUUGAUUCCCUCAUCUGAUAGAUUCACUCUGUUCGCCCACAGCUUUCAUUUCUUGGGCUGUGCUGAUUAUCUUCGUCUACAGCUGAAAAAUGAGGAAUCAGGGAAUGGGAGUUAGGGAGAGACUGCUAUCCCUGGUGCGACAUGGUUUCCAGGCAGAAUGCUGGAAAGGUCAGAGUGCCUCCUUUGCCAGGUAGUUCUCUGGAUUGGAGAAUGGUACAAACUGUUACAUCCACUUGGGAGUACAGCAAUGAAAAAGAUGACACUUGCCUUUUAGAGGCUAUUAAAUGACCAAUGAUAUAGUAAGUGAUAAGGGCCCAGCUAGUCUAGGAGGCAGCUGCUUUUUCUUCUUUAUUAAUAGUCAGGGAAACCAAGCUACAAUUAGAGACUUGCCCACGUUCAGACUUUGUAACACUUUUUCAAGCCAGUGGCUCCUCCCAAACGGCUGAGGUUUCCCCACCCAUUCUCCUGACCUGCCCAGCCCUGUGGUUGCUGUCCAGGGAGCUAAGGCUCUCCCCAAACAAACUUGAAGAUCUCACAGACCUAAUAGACCCAGCCUUUCCUCUCUGCCUCUGGCUUUAUGUCUCUUUCAUCCUCCUCUGCCUUUCCCCUGCCCUUGAUCCCUUCUGCAGGUCUUGGCUGGUUUCAGGAAACAGGUCCCAUCCCAUGGACUCCCACUCUGGGGAGCCAGCGCUCCUGCCGUGUGGGACCUGUGACAUGGUUUUCCGCUCCUCAGCUCUGUUAGCCACCCACACUCAGCGCUUCUGCAUUGGCCACCCGACCCAAGAGAUGACAUUUGGAGCACAGGCAUCAGUUGCCACUGAACCCCAGCGGGCCGCGGUUGUGCCACAAGAACACCAGGGCGUGCCACAAGAACCCCAGGGCCUCCCAGACCAGCAGGCCAGUAGAUCUGCUCUAAAGAGGUUAACAGAGGAGGUGCAGUGGCUGCGGCUAUCCCUACAGGAAAUGCGGCCCUGGAUAACAGAGGUCCCCAGGGUGUUCGCGGGGCCCUGGACACGUUCCGAGGCGCGGCCUCAGAGUCCCAUGUCCGAGGCGGUGGGAAGCCCCAGCGAGCGGCUGCGGGCGCUGUUCAGGACUCGCGCGAGGCGCGUGGCGGAGAUGGAAGCGCAGAGCCGGGCCCUGCAGCUACGCGGCGAGGGUGAAGGAGAUGGGGGACGGGGACCAAGGACCUCCUCUGCCCUCGCCCUUUGGCUUAAGCUUGCUCGGGCCGGUUCUGACUCGGCCCGCAUUCCCUCAGAACUGAGCCGACGCCUCCAAGUUGUGGCCUGUACGCGGGGCGGGAUGUCCCGCCUCUUCGGCCUGGAGCAGGAGAUUCGAGAACUACAAGCUGAGGCCGGGAGGACGCGGGGAGCUCUAGAGGUGUUGGGGGCCCGCAUUCAGGAGCUGCAGGCGGAGCCAGGGAACCCGCUGAGCUCCCGGCGAGAGGCAGAACUUUAUUCUCCAGUGCUAAAGGCCAACCCGGGAACUCUGGCUGCCGAAAUCCGGGCGCUGCGGGAGGCCUACAUUCGAGACGGGGGCCGGGACCCCGGCGUGCUGGGCCAGAUAUGGCAGUUGCAGGUGGAGGCGUCUGCACUGGAGCUGCAGCGGUCGCAGACCCGUAGAGGAAGGGCAGGUGCCACCUCAGGGGAGCUUCCAGUAGUGGAGGCUGAAAACCGGCGCCUGGAGGCAGAAAUCUUGGCCUUGCAAAUGCAGAGGGGUCGGGCACCCUUGGGGCCCCAGGAUCUGCGACUCCUGGGGGAUGCCAGCCUACAACCGAAGGGGAGGAGAGAUCCCCCACUCCUCCCGCCACCGGUGGCACCACCACUGCCACCACUUCCAGGCUUCUCAGAGGUUCAGUUCUUGGGUGGAGCAAAGACUGUGAGGACACGGGGUGGGUUGGGGGAACAGGUUGGAGGCAGCUCUGCUCUGAGCAGUUGGGGGAACAUGAGCAGCUACAAGGCUUUCUGGAGGAGUCAGCUCUCUUCCCCACAGCCACAGCUUCCUGGAACAAUGACCAGAAACCUGGGCCUGGACCCACACUUCCUCCUGCCCACAUCGGACGUGCUGGGCCCUGCACCCUAUGAUCCUGGGGCUGGCCUGGUCAUUUUCUAUGAUUUCCUGCGGGGCCUUGAGGCUUCCUGGAUUUGGGUGCAACUAAGGACUGGCUUGGCACGCGAUGGACAGGAUACAGGAAGGACCACAGCGUUGCCCCCAGCCCUUUGCCUGCCCCCCCCUCCUGCUCCCGGGCCCAUGGGCAACUGUGCCAUCCUUGCCAGCAGGCAGCCUGUGCCCAGACUACCACCCUCACCAUCAGUAUCUUUGGUCUGUGAGCUGCAGGUCUGGCAGGGGCUGGCAUGGGCUAGGGCACCACAGCCAAAGGCUUGGGUCUCACUUGGACUAUUUGACCAAGAUCAGCGGGUGCUAAGUGGCCGCUGGCGCCUCCCACUUCGGGCCCUUCCUCUGGACCCCAGCCUUAGCCUUGGGCAGCUGAAUGGGAUUCCUCAGGCAGGUCAGGCUGAGCUCUUUCUGCGGCUGGUGAAUGCAAGAGAUGCAGCUGUCCAGACACUGGCAGAGAUCAAUCCAGCAAGUGUCCAUGAGUACCAGUACCCACUUCCGGUGUCCAGCACAUCUUCACUGGAAGCCAACUUCCUCACCCCCGCAGUUGGCUUUGCUGAUCCCCCACCUCGUACAGAAGAGCCCCUCAGUGGAGUCAAGGAUAGAGAUGAGGGUUUGGGCCCUCACCACAGUUCUGACUUGCCCCCAGUGAGUUUCUGAACCCAAGUGAAUGUGGAGAUGAGCAUCUGAACAUGCACAGGACUGGGGCCUAUUUCCAGACCUACAGCUUUACUACUCCAUGUUCUGACAUUGGGUCUAGAAGCAUCUAGCAGUUGAGUACAGAAAACGAGUUCCAACCACAGCUUUACCACCUCCCGUAAGUCCUUAACUUUUCUGUACCUCUUCUGUUUUUGUAAAACAGAUUAAGGAUUAAAUGAGUUUGUCAGGUAUUUGUGAUAUUGUCUGGCACUUACGAAGUUCUCCGAAAGGUGACUAGGGGGCAUUAAUUCCCACUAAAGCAACUUUAAAUUCCCACUAGUUCCCACUGCUUUUUUUGGUAAAGCCAGUUUUAUUGCCAAACUUAAAUCCGUUUCCUCAGUAUUUCUGCCAGGAAACCUUUCAGGUUCUCAAUGUACCCAUCAACAGGAAGCUCCUGAGGCCUUAUGUACUUCGAUUCUGGGAUAGGUCCCCAGCCCAAGGUUGUUCCCCCAACCAGGGGUCACAUGUGAGAUCUAGCUUAGAUACUGUGCCUAGCCCUAGAUCCCAGUGCCAACCAGAGAAGGUCAAGUGCCUGGGAGUAAACUACAUCAUGACUGUCCUGACCAAGAAAAGGGGGCAAAGCGCCUCAGGACCUGGAACAUAUACUGCAACGGCAACAUCAGGAAGAAACUGCACAGCCAGGAUAAGCCAGAGAUCCUGCAACCCUGAGUUACUGUGACCAGCCCAGAAAAACUUACUUAGUCUGAAAAAUGGGGUUGAAUUGAGGGGCCGGCCAUCGCUUCUUCUGCCUCCAGUGCAACAAAGCAGCCCUAUGGGUGUCAGG